UUUAAUAAUAUUGUCGCAUAAAAUUAGUACAUAAACUGUUAUACACAAACACGAAAUUGAACACCUCUAAUAGACACUUAAACAUCCAUGCAAUACUGAUAACGCAGAUAAGAAACAAUAACACAUUAAAACCAUGCACGAAGAUUGUUAGCUUGUGUGAGUAACUAGAGAGGUACCUAAAGUAGUCAAAAACAACCGGCCCAAUAGUAGCCAAUCGAUCUCGUGGGAAUAAAGAACUAUCUCCCAAUCGUCGCGUAUGAUUAGAAUAAAACUGUGUAUUUCUUUACGUAGCCUGCCCGUGCCCAUGGGACCGAUUGCUGUUCCAGCUGUGUGGUAAAGUGCACCUGAUGGAUUAUCGUUGAAAAGCUCGCCCACUUGAUGCAAUUUUAGUGAAAUUAUCGCCACCCCGUCCAUUCCGACACAAGUAGACGUGAGUGCAAGCUAUUCAAGAAGGAAUGGAGUAAAUUUCGCGUAGUUCCGCUUCCGGCUCGGAUCGCCGUUUCCCGAAAUGCAGGGAGUGAAUGAGUGAUGAUGAUGACACAACUGGAUAUCAGUCGAGGCGCCGAGUGCCCAAAAGAGAACGGGCCAGUCGAAAUGAUUGAUGAAGCAAACUACGCCCCGUUGUGCAAAUAACGAAACAAAUAAUUAUAAAUUUAUGCUGAAAUUAAUUUGAUUGUGUCUGCAGAGCCUAUCGCUCGCCACACCGUUCGCCGUUUCGGUAUGUGUGAUUAGUGCGCGUCUGUAAUUCUCUUUCAACUCCAACUGAUUCCCACUGCUACUAUCAAUGAUAAUCACAACUGUUGAAUAAGUGAUACACGAAUCUAUCCCGGUGGAACCUACUCUAAUAGUGAAUCUCAGUGCCAUACUUGUGCGGAAAUGACCUCCCCCUGGAAUAGCCUUUGCUGGCGGAUCACGCUGGUUCAGGUGCUGAACCUGAUUCAACUUUCGCAUGGAUACUUCGACCUGUUCCUCAACCACUCGGAAGUAAUAAAACUAAUGGGCAUCGAAGCGGAUCUCUUCUACGUACGGGAUGGGGCCAUUAACGACUACGCCAUCAGCUUCGUGGUUCCGAUGAAGACUGGCAACGACGAUUUGCAGUUUUCGUGGCAGAGUCGAACAUCGUAUCCGCUGGCCUACACGAUAUCGGUUCACCUGGACGACAACGACGGUGCCCUGCAGCAUCCGGAGCUGAACAUUCCCAGUAGCGGUGCCAUCCCGAGGUCGGUCGAAACGUUCAAGAUCCAUCUGGUGUGCAAUGGCAACGUGUCGGCCGAGGUGCCAGUCGGGAUCCACCUGCACGUCGAGGGACCACCGAAGCGAAACGAUACCAAAUUGAUUAUCAAACGGAAUAAAAUUUGCAUUAAAGGUAUCUACCCGCCGCGACAUCGUCUCCCGGCAGCGGAAAUCGCUCCCCCUCAAGGGCCUGCUCUCCUCGGUGCCGUGGCCUGUGCUCUCGGCCUGGUGCUGGUUGUGGGGCUCAUUGCCAGCGCGAUGUACGUGAGAGCCCGCAAGCAGAUACGCCAGGACUCGCUACACACCAGCUUUACCACUGCUGCGUAUGGCAGCCAUCAGAACGUUUUCAUCCGUCUGGACCCCCUGGGGCGACCACCCAGUGCGAACAGUGGAUCGUACGCGACGAUUGCAAGCCUCAACAAAUACCCCAUCAGUGAAUCGAAAAAGUCCUGGUUCCGAAGUACGCCGUCCCCGUCGCCAUACGCAACGGCUCUGCUCCCGCUGAACCACGCACACAGCCAACAAAACGGGUUGGCCACCACGGAGUCCGUCUACACCAAGCCGGAAUCGGUCUGUCCGUCCCGGGUGUCGUAUUACGCUUCAUCGCAACUAACUCAGGUGUACAGCCUAUCAACCCCUGCCCGGAGUAUCCAUAGCAAUAGUUCCAGUCCGAAGGAUAAGCUCCGACGUAUUGCCGUCUCGCCGGAUACCAUAAUCUGCCAACAAUUGGCACAAGAGGGCACAUACGGGCGGAUCUUCUAUGGAGUCCUGCACCAUCCGCUCGGAGAAACUAGGGACGUCCUAAUCAAAACUGUUGUCGACGGUGCCUCACUCAGUCAAGUGGCCUAUCUUCUGUCCGAGGGAUCAACGCUCUGUGGGGUGUCCCAUCCCAACAUACUGUUUCCGGUGGCAGCUGUCACCGAGCUUUCAGGCCCACCGAAAGUUGCCUAUCCACUGGCAGCGAAAGGAAAUCUCAAACUAUAUCUUCAGAAUUGGCGUGAUAUUGGCAUGCAAAGCUCGGGCACGUCGCUGAGCACCCGUCAGCUGGUGGAGUUUGGGCUGCAAGUGGCCCGAGGCAUCUCACAUCUCCAUUCGCUGGGUGUCCUGCACAAGGAUAUCGCCACCAGAAAUUGUGUGCUCGAUUCGGAGCAGAAUGUACGAGUCUGUGAUAACGCACUGUCGCGUGAUGUGUUCCCAAAUGAUUACCACUGCCUUGGCGACAACGAGAUCCGCCCGAUCAAAUGGAUGGCACUGGAAACGCUGGAGAAAAAGUUCUACACCGCCUCGAGCGACAUCUGGAGCCUGGGGGUGCUGCUGUGGGAGCUGGCCACACUGGCGGUGAUGCCAUUUGAGGAGGUGGAUUCGUUCGAACUAGCUGCUUACCUCAGAGAUGGCUACCGGUUAGCACAGCCAGUGAAUUGUCCGGAUGAAUUUUACACCGUGAUGUCCUGCUGUUGGCUGCAGGACUACAAGCAGCGUCCCUCGUUUCCGCAGCUAAUUGCCUACCUGCACGACUUCCACGAGGACCUCGGAAAGUACGUUUAGUCGUGCGGAAUGGCAUGUCAAACGGUGAUUUCCUCGCAGGGAACGCUUCACGGUCAGGCCGGAUGAGGCGCAGCCGCUGUCCGUUGUCCUGCUGCCGCUGCUAUUGAUGUAAUUGAAGGUGCUUUCUCGGAACGUCGCAAGAUUUGAUACGGGGUGUAUCGAAACAUCGUGUAAGUAAAGUCGUCUGGAUCCGGAUUGAGAUUUGUGGUACGAAAUGGAAGCAAUGUAGAUGAGUCGGAACGUGCAAUAAAUGUGAAGGGGAAGUUUGGAAAAAAGGGUGCGAGUGAAAGCCGUAGUAGAAGAAAAACAGAUUUCAGGUAGAUUAAACUUUUGUAAUGCUGAUUCGCGAAUAUUUCACGAAAACGAGAACAAAAAAUGUAGAAAAUUACAAGGGAAACAAGACAUUUUAAGGAAUGGCUGCCAAUUAUUAUCGCUAGCGUUUGAUUUUAGAGAGUAAUGGCUUGUGUAGUACAGUGAGGUAGGUAAAGACUGACACUUAAAAGAUAAAUGCCUACACUUAACAAGCGAGUAUUAGAUUAUCUCACACUUCAUCCCACGAUUUGUCAACUUAAAAAAUUAAAUGACGAUGAUUUCAAACAAUUGUAACGUUUACCCGUUUGUGACAUUGGUACACCGUGAGUACGUCAAAGAAGGAAUGAUCACCAGAUAUUAUGAAACCUCAAAUCCAAGCGAAAAAAAUAACCAACAUUGUUCACAAGGGGAUGCAUAUCUUUGAAAAAUCACCAGGAAGAUCGGGAACGUGAAGAAACUGAGCAACUAUACUGUGCUAUUAACGCCUCUUACCAACUUAUAGGUCCUGUACAUCCCGAGUGGUGCAAAGGGCCGACUUCAGAGAUCUCCAUGCUGGGCGAUGUCAAACUAUCGCCUUAUUCUGUUACCAAGCUUCGGUCGGCUUAUUAUAUUUUUUUAUUGAGGCUCAAGGUGGCGCUCUGAGUUUGCCUCUGCUGCGAUGUCCAGCUGGGCAUGCGACCCAGCCCAACUUCCGUUCCGACCUUCAAUUGCUGAUGGGCAGCUAUAGCAGCUCGCGGUUAAGUUCACGGUCAAUCGCACUUGCCAAAAUGUAAUCGAUUACGAUAAGGAACAGUAACGAUGAUAUAAUUCACUGCCUUACAUC